GACCGUCCUCAGUUGCUAAGUAACCUCUGCAGGGGGCGGCUGCCGCAUCGCCGGAUGCUGCUAUUGUACAAGGGAUCAAACUGUGCCGUUUCAGACGCAAAACUUUGCUAAGGAGGAUGGAAGAGGGCUCCGAGUUAUCUCUGACCAUCGCUCAGAUCGUGCAGCGGCUCAAAGGAAGCCAUUUACACUCUCAGAUAGAGAGACAAGCCAAAGAGUGUUUACAUCAACCUGAGAUAAAAUUGGAGUCCCUUAAAGAGGACGUACGCAGUUUUCUCAAAACAUCAGGAUGGGAAAGGCAGCUACAGAAUGCAGUGUACAGAGAGCUGCAUGUCCAGCUGCCCCCGAGCCAUCCCGCGGCUCCUCCAGAGCAUCUCAAAGAGCCGCUGGCCUACAUGCGCAAGGCACAGGCCAGCUGGGAGAAGCGUGUCCUCAAAAGCCUGAACAGCAUGAGUACAGAGCUUGGAGUGCCUCUGGCUCGCAUGAGGCCCCCAGUGGAGCAGAAGGAACUCACCAACAAAUGGAACGAGAUGGGCACAGAUGAACCAGAUUUAACUCGAUUUAGGCCUGUAUAUGCCCCUAAAGACUUUCUGGAGGUGUUAAUCAGCUUGCAGAACCCGAAUCAUGAUAGCAGCGAGGACGUCAGUGUCAGGAGCCACUGGGGUCUCAUCCAGGUUCCCCUCAAUGUCAGGGACAUCCCACAGCUGAGACAAGCCUACUCAGAGCUGAACCUGACCUCUGGGCAGUUGGGGAUUGAUGACCAUGCACACAUCCAUCCAGACUUGUUUGAAAACGAGUAUGUUCAAAUGGGGAAAAAAGUGGUGUUGGAGCAGGACAGUGCAGCAGCAGCAGAUGUGAUGCAUUAUGAACAGCUGACGGCUGGAGUUAUACAGCAUGACCUGCUGGUGGACAACCUCAUCUAUAAGGAUGUGAAGCUCACUGCCAGUAAUGACGACUACUACUUUGUGUUUGAAGAUUUCCUCUAUCAGGUGUUGCUGUGUUUCUCCCGAGACACCGCCGUCUUGGAGCACUUCAAAUACAACAGUGCCACUCCUCCCAAAUCCUUCAUCCAGGGUAAAGGAGGAGAUGAGGAGUGUGCUGUUGUUUAUCCUCCCAACGGUGUAAUCCCUUUUCAUGGGUUUUCAAUGUAUGUGGCACCUUUGUGUUUCUUGUACAACGAGCCAUCCAAGCUGUACAGUGUAUUCAGGGAAAUGUACAUCCGCUACUUCUUCAGAUUACACUCCAUCUCCUCCUCUCCUUCGGGGAUUGUGUCUUUGUGCCUGCAGUUUGAGCGGCUGCUCCAGUCCCACCUGCCUCAGCUCUUCUACCACCUUCGACAGAUUGGGGCGCAGCCGUUGCGCAUAGCCUUUAAGUGGAUGGUACGUGCCUUUUCUGGCUAUCUGUCUACUGACCAGCUGCUUCUUCUCUGGGACCGAAUCCUGGGUUACGAUUCACUGGAGGUAGUUGCAGUCCUAGCAGCCGCUGUGUUUGCUUUCCGUGCUGAGAACCUGAUGGAAGUGACGUCACUGGCCUCAGCUGAGGCUGUCCUCGCUGACCUUUCAACUCUGAAAGUCAUGCCGCUCAUCCAGAUCUUUCUAUUUGCCACCGCCAUCUGAGGAGCAUGGAAACUACAGGAAUAUGAGUCGUGGUGCGUACAUACCAAUUGGAGCAUAAAGAGACACUCCAAAAAUGCCACUUUGCAAUGCCAUAACCACACCAACACUAUAAAUCAUCAUCAUUAGAGUGUGGGAUAUCAAGAAAUAAUGAACCUACACACAUUACAGACUUCAUCUUGCACUAGUUCAAGCAAAAAGCCAAACCCCUUUUUAGCAUGAAUGCACCAUACAUAGGCAAUACCUGCUAUUAUGUCAUUAGAUAUUUAACAAUCAGUUUAAUUUGUCACAUGAAAUUGUAUGAGGUACAAUUCCAGUGAAAUGAUAUCCCAUCAGCUCCUUCAACUUGUGCAUGAUUAAUCAUAUUAUUUAGUAUGUGUAAGUAUAGCCUACAAACCAGUAAGGUUAAGCUAACCUCCCUAAGCCAUAUGCUCUUCAGGAAAGACGAUACGCACAGCAGUGCUUGGAUCAGUUGAGAAGCUCAUUAGAAGACCAGUUGCAUAAAACAGUAAUUGUAUCGCAAUAGCAGCAUGCAAAAGAGAACAACAAUAUCUCCAAGCUUGGCUAAUGAAGUGUUAAUUAGCUCUUGCAAUUUACUCUGCUCUGUAGCUCCUGCUUGUUAUAACACUAUUAGAUAAUGCUGUUGCUGAUGAAUAAGGAGAUUGGAAGCAAGUAGCGUGCGCCACUGUGUUGACAGAAAUAGUCAAGCUGGAAUUAUAUGUAACUUGAAAGCUGCUGUGUAUACACAUAAUUUAUUGUAUUUAUGAAGAAAUUGCAUAUUACUGCUUAAGGGACAUUAAGCACCUCCAUUGCCAGUAUUUUUUUCAUUAUGAACAUUUAUUUAAAAUGAUGCAUUUAAUUCCUAAAUAUAUUCACCUAUUUUGUUGUUUUAAAAACAGUGUAUUUCACCUUUAAUUUUAAUGCAGUCAAAUCACAUUUUCUAUAUUAUUAACAGUAUUCUUUGUCAGUCAAUGCCUAUGUCUUUCAACACAUUUAAUGUUCAUUGCGACCUCAAAUAACACAAUUUGAAAAAAUUGAAAUAAAUUUUUUUUAAAUCGC